GUUUGGGUGUCUUUUUUCUCCGUCUUCACUCCAGCAUAGCAACGCACGUAGGCCAAGUACGGAGUACCGUGUACACGAUAUGCUCUCAUUUGGUGGUUUUUUUUUUUUUCUCAAUGACAUAAUGCCCCCGCUUUGUUCGUUGGACGAACGAAGGCCCCCUUUCGGCGACGCGACCGAUGGCCGUGGGUCAUCCCUCUCCGCUCUUUGCUGUCCUGUCAACGCACUGUCACCUCUGGGGCCGGGUAAUUUCUCCUGGUCAUUGGGUCUGCUACACAUUGUACCUACCGUGCUGUACGGUACUCUUAUUUUGCGCGGAAGCCGUGGAGGAUGCGGAGGACAGACAACCUCUCCUCACCGCGCCAAUGAAUGCCACGUACCCGCGUGGCUUACGAGCUGCGAGCUGCGAGCCUCCCUGCUGUUGCUAUCUUGGGAUACGGCCGGCUGUUCAGGUGCCAGGUCCUGGGCCCUUCGUUUCCCUUUGUUCAUUCCUCGUCCGGGACAACGUUAGCCACGCUGCGCAGGCACCAACGCCAGGGGGGCCUUGGUAUGUAUGCGUGUGUGCGUGUCUCGCCUUGCUGUGCACCGUUCAGCUAGCACCAGUUCGGUUCCACGGGAGAGAUUCCUCAAUCCGGGCUGAAUUAGUCCCGUUUCGUCAGCCUUGGCGCUCCUUUUCGUUGGGGUAACGGACGGCGGACGCGUUCGCUUCCAUCAUCAACCGAUUCAAGAUGUCGCCUCUCUGUCUCCUCUCUGUCGCCUCUCCUGGUGAUCGGAUUCUUCGACGGAACAGCUCUGCAGGUUCUCGUUGGAGGCGGAGAGAGAGAGAGAGUGUGUGUGUG